AUGGCAGCCUUCCUUGGGGCACCGGGCGAAGGACCCCCCUGCAGCACUGGCUUUAGGUGGGCAGGCGAGGGACUGGGGGCUGACGGCAAGAACCGGCGUGUGUGCCAUGCCACGGCACGACUGGAGAUGGGCAGCCUCUGGGAAGAGUUCAACCGCCUGGGCACCGAGAUGAUCGUCACCAAGGCAGGCAGGAGGAUGUUCCCCACCUUCCAGGUGAAGCUGUCAGGGCUGGACCCGCUCGCUGACUAUGUCCUGCUCAUGGACUUCAUCCCGCUGGACGACAAGAGAUACAGGUAUGCCUUCCACAGCUCCUCCUGGCUGGCGGCAGGACGGGCAGACCCCGCAGCCCCUGGGCGCGUCCACUUCCACCCCGACUCCCCGGCCAAAGGAGCCCAGUGGAUGCGGCAGAUCGUCUCCUUCGACAAGCUCAAGUUGACCAACAACCUCCUGGACGACAACGGCCAUAUCAUCCUCAACUCCAUGCACCGCUACCAGCCCCGCUUCCAUGUGGUCUUUGUGGACCCGCGCCGGGACAGUGAGCGCUUCGCCCACCAGAACUUCAAGUCCUUCAGCUUCCCUGAGACCCAGUUCAUGGCGGUGACGGCUUACCAGAACCACCGGAUCACCCAGCUGAAGAUCGCCAGCAACCCCUUCGCCAAAGGCUUUCGUGAUGGAGACCCCGAACCAUGGUGUGGGGUGCCUGCAGGGUCCCUGCUGGGUGCGAUGCCCCGUGCCCGGACCACCGCACUGCCCUCGCACUCUGAGAAGGAGGAGAAAGCUGCCACUGUGUCCCCACCGGUGGCUCCCCCCUCCGGCUUCCCUGAACUGCCUGCUGGCCCCUUCCAGCCCCUCGCCUGCCCCCCUAGUGUCUACCUGGGGGCCAAACCCCGCACGCUGCCCUACCCUCUGCCCCCCUUCCACCCCCUCGCGGCCCCCGCUUUUGGCUAUGGGCAGCAAUGA